AUGGAUUCUCAACCAUCAGCGAAGGCAUUGCAUAAUCGCAUCAACACCGAUGUCUCCCAGCUGUUGCAGCGGUUUGAGAACAUCAUGGCUACAGCUACAGUAAAACUCAUCUUCAUUGAACUUUUGUGCAAUUUAUACCAGCUAACGCAUUCUCAGGUCAACAACCCGAGCUACACUUCCACGGCAGUGGAAACUUACCAGCUAGACGUGGAGUCGACUGCGCUGAUCCGUGCAUCCGAGGACAUCCUCGGACUUACCCGCACUAUGAAAGAGACUUGGCUUUUUGGUAAAAUCGAUACCUUGGGUGAGAAUGAGCGCGAUGUCCAGCGGAGAGAGAAGCUGGAGGAGGAUGCACAGGCGGUUAAGAAAGCCAUUGAUGGUGGAUUAUUGUUGCCAUCGUCGGAGAAAUGA